AUGGCGAUCAAGAAGAUCCACGCGCGUUCGGUCUACGACUCCCGUGGCAACCCUACCGUCGAGGUCGACGUUGUCACCGAGACUGGUCUUCACCGUGCCAUUGUUCCUUCGGGAGCCUCCACUGGUCAGCACGAGGCUUGCGAGCUCCGCGACGGCGAUAAGACCAAGUGGGGAGGCAAGGGCGUUUCCAAGGCCGUUGACAACGUGAACAAGGUCCUGGCGCCCAAGAUCCUCGAGGCGAACCUGGACGUCAAGGACCAAUCCGCCGUCGACAAGUUCCUCAACGAACUUGAUGGCACUCCCAACAAAACCAAGCUCGGUGCCAACGCCAUUCUCGGCGUCUCUUUGGCUAUUGCCAAGGCUGGUGCUGCUGAGAAGGGUGUACCUCUGUACGCCCACGUGUCGGAUCUUGCUGGUACCAAGAAGCCCUACGUCCUCCCUGUCCCCUUCAUGAACGUCCUGAACGGUGGAUCUCAUGCUGGUGGUCGCUUGGCCUUCCAAGAGUUCAUGAUUGUCCCAUCUGCCGCCCCGUCUUUCACCGAAGCCAUGCGUCACGGUGCUGAGGUCUACCAGAAGCUGAAGACUUUGGCAAAGAAGAAGUACGGCCAGUCUGCUGGCAACGUCGGUGACGAGGGUGGUGUCGCCCCUGAUAUCCAAACUGCCGAGGAGGCUCUGGAGCUCAUCACAGACGCCAUUGAGCAAGCCGGUUACACUGGCAAGAUGCACAUUGCCAUGGAUGUUGCAUCCAGCGAGUUCUACAAGGAGGAUGCCAAGAAGUACGACCUGGACUUCAAGAACCCCGACAGCGACCCUACCAAGUGGCUCACCUAUGAGGAGCUUGCCAAGCUGUACACUGAUCUGAGCAAGAAGUACCCCAUUGUCAGCAUUGAGGACCCCUUCGCCGAGGAUGACUGGGAGGCCUGGAGCUACUUCUACAAGACCUCGGACUUCCAGAUUGUUGGUGAUGAUUUGACUGUCACCAACCCUGUCCGCAUCAAGAAGGCCAUCGAGCUCAAGGCCGCCAACGCCUUGCUGCUCAAGGUCAACCAGAUUGGUACUCUUACCGAGUCCAUCCAGGCUGCCAAGGACUCGUACGCUGACGGCUGGGGCGUCAUGGUUUCCCACCGAUCCGGCGAGACGGAGGAUGUCACCAUCUCCGACAUCGUGGUCGGUAUCCGAGCCGGCCAGAUCAAGACCGGUGCACCUUGCCGAUCUGAGCGUCUGGCCAAGCUCAACCAGAUCCUGCGCAUUGAAGAGGAGCUGGGCAGCAACGCUAUCUACGCUGGCGAGAACUUCCGCAAGGCGGUUAACUUGUAA